GUGCAGUGGCGCUUGCCGCGCCUGAUGCGAAUUGCUAGAAAUGACGGUGGUUUGCUGUCGGCCAGUUUGGCGGGAACCGUUACGACGAAGCGGAGUAGUGGUGUUGCCAGGAGGCGCAAACAAAGAAAGCAUUCAUGCGAUCAGUGAGUGCAACGAAGAAAGCGCGGCUGCUUCGGAUGAAAAAGUAUCUGAGAAGCCUGCAGAAAGUGACCACGCUUGCAGCAACCCAAUCCCUUGUCCUGACGCACUACUUGAACUGAAGGCAAUUGAAGACAUGGUCACAGAUCCCUUUUGCAUGGACCUUGGGCGAAUGAAAAAUGCUUUUGGCCACAACUGCAGAGGCCCGCAUGUUCAAUGCACCAGAUGA